UGUAACGACUGCUGCAGGAUUUACUUUUUAACUCCGCGACCAAAAUUUGAUUUAAUAUUUUAUUUGUAUUUGUAUUGACUAAUGAGUAAAGGAGAACAUUUGAUCACGUUGAUAGAUUUGUCACUGGGUGAUACAAGAGAUUUAAGAAACCCUUGGAGCUGAGUGGAUGAAGUUUCGUUAUGGUGGAACAUCACCUGUACAAGUCGUCGCGAGUGGAUAAGCGGAUUGCCCUUGGUGCGAUGGAGCCUUCGCGAAAGAAAUCCACACUGAUUAUUAAGUCAACUGAAGUUCGUGUGAAGCUAAAAACCGAUAAAUCCGAGAUUGUCACGGAGCGACGUGACAGCAAAGAUGUGCAGAUCGUCGCCAUUUCACAGUCCGUUUCACCUAAUCCUCAUGUGGAGACCCAUUCCUCCGUCCUGCAGCGCACCUUCGGGAAGGUGGUCAUCUCGCUGGAGAACUGUAUAUUACCCGCUGAUAAACUCUUUCCCACACCAUCCAUGACGGAAGGCUUGGAUGUGCGGACGGAAUGGUAUCUGCGGCGACUUGGCUGUGAUAUCAUCCAACAUGCGGGCAUUCUGUUGAAACUGCCGCAGACGGCGGCGGCCACGGCGCAGGUCCUCUAUCAGCGCUUUUACUACGCCAAAUCUUUCAUUAAAAAUGACUACCUGACGAUGGGAAUGGCUUGUGUGUAUCUGUCAUCCAAAGUGGAAGAAUCCCCGAGACGUCUGAGGGAUAUCAUCAACGUAUUCACCCACAUUCGCCAGACAUUAUGUGGAGAGCCCAUUGAGCCCGUGUUAGUGAUUGAAAGCUACGUGAAUCUCAAGAACCAGGUGAUUAAAUGUGAGCGACGCCUGUUGAAGGAAUUGGGCUUCUGCGUUCACGUCAAACACCCGCAUAAGUUGAUAGUAAUGUAUCUGCAGCUGUUGGACAUGGACAAGAAUGCAGUGUUCGUGCAGAAAGCUUGGAAUUACAUGAACGAUAGUCUGCGCACUGAUCUCUUUGUACGUUAUUCGCCGGAAGCGGUAGCUUGUGGCUGUAUUUUUCUAGCUGCCCGAGCAUUGCAGAUACCGCUGCCUAGGAAGACGAGUUGGUUUCAGCUACUAGCAGUUACCGCGGAUGCCUUGGUGGAUAUCGCUACCAAUAUUCUGCUGCUGUAUUCCAUCAAAUUGCCACCGAUUGCGGAUAUAUUGGAGAAAGUUGAUGCUUUACGUGCAGCUGUGGCCGACACCCGUGCUAAGGGGCCUCUAGCCGGUGUUGUGGGGCAGGAGGAUGAUAAAACACCCGAUAGUACCCACAUAUCUCCGGAAGUGCGUCCUAGAGAAUACAACCGCAAAGAUGACCGUAGAAAUAGUCGAGAUGAGCGUCGCUCGCGCGACCAUGAACACAGACGACAACGGAGCCGGUCGAAUGAACGCAAGGAGAAAAAGCGCCGCCGGUCGCGGUCACCUCGACAAACUAUUUCCCGUGAUCGUAAAUCACCACGGCACAGUUCGCCUCAUCGGCGGAAGGUCCGUGGCGAUGACCGCCAGCCGGGACGUCGACGAUCGCCGGAUGUCGUCAAAGACGGUCGACGUCGGUCCCGCAGUCGCUCAGUGGAUUAUCGCAGUUCCAGGGAUUAUGACCGUCGACAUUGAUCAGCGCUAGUGUGAGAGAGUUAUUUUUUUGUAUCGAGUAUCCACGAGAAUUGUUGCAGUUUAUUAUUAAACGGUUUAACAUGACUGUUGUAAUUGCGCAUUUGCUACAUCCACGAUGUGAAAGGUUGUGCGAUUUGGUGAGUUCAGCUUUUGUAUCAAGAACUACCAAUAAACUGCAGAAAGUGG